GAAACGAAGUGGGAGGGGCUUAUAAGAAGCAGGGGCGGGGCUAGGAGAGCGUGCGAGAGAGAUAGUGUGCAUGAGAGAGGGAGAGAGAGAGAGAGAGAGAGUGCGCUCGCCCCCCUCCCUCCUUCUCGUGCUCUCUCGCGCGCACGGCAGCCCGCGCGCACGCUGCGUCUGAGCGAGGGGGGCUCUCUCAUCACAUCGCAUCGAAAAGCCCAACUUUGAUUUCCACCUCCACGAAAUUACGAAUUAUUUCUCCGCCACCUACCCCCCUUUUCGCCUUUCUUUCUUUUUUUCUUUCCUCCUCCUCCUCUUCUUCUUCUUCUUCUUCCUCCUCCUCCUCUCGAACCCCCCCCCUCCCCUCCCGCUUCAUCCACCGCACUCGUCCUCACGCGAUGCCUUCAUCUCCCCUUUCUCCCCGCGCCGAGGAGCCUGAGCCCCAGCAGGCUGCAGCAGCCGCCGCGGCGCUGCUGUAGGACUCCAGCCGCCUCCCCCUUCGCACUCAUCGCCGCAGCACCGCUGCCCGCAGCCCCCGCUGGCCGAGGAGCACAUGGCGACGGAGAGCAGGUGAUCGAGGUCGCACGUCGAGUCCUUUUUCUCUUCGUUUCUCCUGAGGCAGAAUCCAGGAAUUGCCCCCCGUUUAUUACCCCCCCUCCUUCUCCUUCUUCUUCUUCUUCUCCUCCACCACCUCCAGCAACGCUGCGUCGAUGUCCUUGGAGCAUGGCCUGGCUUACCCGCUCACGCCACCACGCUGCUCCUUCUGAAUCCUGACCUGCACACCUGUCCUGUAAUACUUUCUCUGCGAUCCCCCACUCCCUCCUUUUCACCAUCCCGAUGGAUUGGGAGCGCUCCGAUCCCUCGUUCUGUUGACCCUCUGGCCGCGGGGGUAGAGUGGAGCGGGCAGGAUUUGCUUUUUUCCUCACAGUCAGUGAGCGUUUCGCCCCAGCCGUGCCCUCCUCUGAUGGAGAGUUAGUUAGAGGCGCGGGUGCAGCCGUGGGAGGGAGAGAAGAGGGGGCGAGUGACAGAAUCACAACACAUUAAACAACACAGGCAAUCCCCAGCGACUGAGACGGAGUCUCAGGGCGUUCCAUAGAUCUGGACCAGAGGAAGACGCAUAGGCGCGAGUAAAUUGGCCGAAUAGAAGCCGAAGAAUCAAAGAUGUCCACGACGGCCACCAUGGGCGAGAUGGCGAACAGUGCAGUGGAGUUUUACCCCAAGAGGAGCGGCAGCAGGGCAGAGGCCAACCACUCGGGCGACUUCGGGGCCUCUUUGGAGGAGCUGCGGUCUCUGAUGGAGCUGAGAGGAGCCGAGGCCGUUCAGAAGAUCCAGGAGAGUUAUGGAGACACAGAGGCGCUCUGCCAGAGACUCAAGUCUUCCACCACAGAUGGUUUGUCUGGCAACCCGGCGGACCUGGAGAGGCGGGCGCAGGCGUUCGGACGCAAUUUCAUUCCCCCCAAGAAGCCCAAGACGUUCCUGCAGCUGGUGUGGGAGGCGCUGCAGGACGUCACCCUCAUCAUCCUGGAGAUAGCAGCCAUCAUCUCCCUCGGCCUGUCCUUCUACCAGCCCCCGGGGGAGGAGAGCGACGCAUGUGGGAACGUGUCGGGCGGUGCGGAGGACGAGGGCGAGGCGGAGGCCGGCUGGAUCGAGGGUGCGGCCAUCCUGCUGUCGGUCAUCUGCGUGGUGCUGGUAACGGCCUUCAAUGACUGGAGUAAGGAGAAGCAGUUCCGCGGGCUGCAGAGCCGCAUCGAGCUGGAGCAGCGUUUCGCAGUGGUGCGCAAUGGCAACGUCAUCCAGAUCCCUGUGGCUGAGAUGGUGGUGGGAGACAUGGCCCAGAUCAAAUACGGUGACCUCCUGCCCGCUGAUGGCAUCCUAAUUCAGGGAAAUGACUUGAAGAUCGACGAGAGCUCCCUGACCGGAGAGUCGGACCACGUGCGCAAGUCAGUGGAAAAGGACCCUAUGCUUCUCUCUGGCACCCAUGUGAUGGAGGGAUCGGGGAGGAUGUUGGUGACGGCUGUUGGAGUGAAUUCUCAGUCUGGCAUCAUCUUCACUCUUCUGGGGGCUGGAGAGGGAGAGGAGGAGAAGAAAGAGAAGAAAGAAGACAGUAGUUACUCACUCACUACUGAGGCCAAACAGAGCAGCAUCACCAAUGGCAAGCAGCCAGAGGCAGCAGUGGAGACCAAUCAGAAUAAAGCCAAGAAGCAGGACGGCGCCGUCGCCAUGGAGAUGCAGCCGCUGAAGAGCGCGGAGGGCGGAGAGGUGGAGGAGAGGGAGAAGAAGAAAGCCAACGUGCCGAAGAAGGAGAAGUCCGUCCUGCAGGGCAAACUCACCAAGCUGGCCGUGCAGAUCGGAAAAGCGGGUCUGGUGAUGUCAGCUAUCACAGUGAUUAUCUUGGUGCUGUACUUUGUGAUUGAGACGUUUGUGGUGGAGAGGCGGGCCUGGCUACCGGAGUGCACGCCCAUCUACGUGCAGUACUUCGUCAAGUUCUUCAUCAUCGGAGUCACCGUGCUGGUGGUUGCCGUGCCAGAGGGUCUCCCCCUCGCUGUCACCAUCUCUCUAGCCUACUCAGUGAAGAAAAUGAUGAAGGACAAUAACCUGGUGCGUCACUUGGACGCUUGUGAGACAAUGGGCAACGCCACUGCCAUCUGCUCGGACAAGACUGGCACACUGACCACCAACCGCAUGACCGUGGUGCAGGCUUAUGUGAACGACCAGCACUUCCGAGAGAUCCCUGACCCCAGCCAGAUCAACCCCAACACCCUGGAGAUGAUAGUCAACGCCAUCGCUAUCAACAGCGCCUACACCUCCAAGAUCAUGCCUCCUGAUGUUGAAGGUGGUCUGCCUAAGCAGGUGGGGAACAAGACGGAGUGUGGCUUGCUGGGUUUUGUGCUGGACCUGAAGAGAGACUAUGCACCCGUCCGUGAGCAGAUCCCUGAAGAGAAGCUCUAUAAGGUCUACACCUUUAACUCCGUCCGCAAGUCCAUGAGCACCGUGGUGCAACUGCCGGAUGGCAACUUCCGCCUCUACAGUAAAGGAGCCUCUGAAAUCCUGCUGAAGAAAUGUUCGUCCAUUCUGGGGGCUGGGGGUGAGGCGCGGAGCUUCAGGCCGCGGGACAGGGAUGAGAUGGUGAAGAAGGUGAUUGAGCCCAUGGCAUGUGAGGGUCUGCGAACCAUCUGCAUUGCCUACCGUGACCUGCCUGGUGAACCAGAGCCUGACUGGGACAACGAGGCUGAAAUCGUUACUGACCUCACCUGCAUCGCUGUGGUGGGCAUCGAGGAUCCUGUGAGGCCUGAGGUACCUGAGGCCAUCCGAAAGUGUCAGAGGGCAGGCAUCACUGUGCGCAUGGUCACCGGAGACAACAUCAACACAGCCCGCGCCAUCGCCGCCAAGUGCGGCAUCAUCCAGCCCGGCGAUGAUUUCCUGUGUCUAGAGGGCAAAGAUUUCAACCGACGAAUCAGGAAUGAGAAAGGAGAGAUUGAGCAGGAGAGGAUCGAUAAGAUCUGGCCUAAACUGAGAGUCCUGGCUCGUUCCUCACCCACAGACAAACACACUCUGGUUAAAGGCAUCAUCGACAGCACUGUGAUGGAGCAGAGGCAGGUGGUGGCGGUCACGGGUGAUGGUACCAAUGACGGGCCAGCCCUAAAGAAAGCAGAUGUGGGCUUUGCCAUGGGCAUAGCUGGUACUGAUGUAGCUAAAGAGGCCUCCGACAUCAUCCUGACUGAUGAUAAUUUCUCCAGCAUUGUGAAGGCAGUUAUGUGGGGGCGGAAUGUCUAUGACAGCAUUUCGAAAUUCCUGCAGUUUCAGCUUACUGUCAAUGUAGUGGCCGUCAUAGUGGCCUUCACUGGAGCCUGUAUCACACAGGACUCUCCUCUGAAAGCGGUGCAGAUGUUAUGGGUCAAUCUGAUUAUGGACACGUUUGCGUCUCUUGCCCUGGCCACUGAGCCGCCCACUGAAGCCCUGUUACUGAGAAAACCCUACGGCCGUAACAACCCCCUCAUCUCCCUUACGAUGAUGAAGAACAUCCUGGGUCAUGGAGUCUAUCAGCUCGUCAUCAUCUUCACCCUGCUGUUUGUCGGAGAGAAGAUCUUUAACAUCGACAGCGGCCGCAAUGCUCCACUGCACUCACCUCCCUCCGAGCACUACACCAUCAUCUUCAACACCUUCGUCCUCAUGCAACUGUUCAACGAGAUCAACGCCCGCAAGAUCCAUGGAGAGCGGAACGUCUUUGACGGAAUCUUUUCCAACCCCAUCUUCUGCAGCAUCGUGCUGGGCACUUUCGGAGUUCAGAUCGUGAUAGUGCAGUUCGGGGGAAAGCCCUUCAGCUGCGCCCCUCUCAACGUGGAGCAGUGGCUGUGGUGCCUCUUUGUGGGAGUGGGAGAGCUCCUAUGGGGCCAGGUCAUCGCUACAGUGCCCACCAGUCACCUUAAGUGUCUGAAGGAGGCGGGCACAGGGCCAGGCACCGACGAGAUGACGGAGGACGAGCUGGCUGAGGACGAAGAAGAGAUAGACCAUGCUGAGAGAGAGCUCCGCAGGGGCCAGAUCCUCUGGUUUAGAGGCCUCAACCGCAUCCAGACUCAGAUGGAGGUAGUGAGUACAUUCAAGAGAAGUGGUUCGUUUCAGGGCGCAGUGCGACGGCGCUCGUCUGUGCUCAGCCAGCUCCAUGACAUGCGGGUGGUGAAAGCGUUCCGUAGCUCGCUCUACGAUGGCAUUGAGAAGCCCGAGUCCAGGAACUCCAUCCACAACUUCAUGGCGCACCCUGAGUUUCUCAUCAACGACUUCAUCCACAACAUCCCGCUGAUCGACGACACGGACAUCGACGACGAAUCGGAACUGUCCAAGCACAACCACUACCACCACCACCUGCACCCGGCACUUCGCAAGCCCCCACCUCCUCCCCCAGCCCGCCAUCAUCCACGCCCCUACCGCCAGUACAGCCUGCCUGCCACGCCCAACCGCAACAACAACGCCAUUGAGAGCAGCGUCCACCACCUGACCCGACUCACAGACCACACUGGACACUGGACCUCCUUUCCCAGACAGCCGUGCCCCCUGCUUAGCCUGGAGACCUCAUUAUGACUGUCUGUGGGGCCCUGGAGGAAGGCCGCUGAAGGAUGCGGAAAUUUGAGGUGGUUGGGGAACUUCUGUGGACACAGCAGUUGGUGUGCUUCAACCCCAGCUAUUCAAAAAAAAGUCCACAAAAUCACCAUCAUUCACCCUCAACACCACCAUCCACCGAAGCACCUACGUCUUUAGAGGCCCACAGACACCCACUUCCUCUCACUGUGUAGAGGGGAGGCCAGUGUGCCAUGUGACUGUGGGGACUUAGACCUGGCCCAAGAAGGUGAGGAACACAUCCCCAAUCGGGACAGGAUCGGGAUAGGGGGACUCGUUUCAGAUAGGACUUUUAACGGUAAAAUCCACGUUUGUGACUUUUGACUUUCCGGAAACGGCAUUAUGAGCUCCUUGCAGGCAGAGUAGGGGUCCAAUCACUCCACUUUUUAUUGAUGUUAUUAACAUCAUUAUUAUACUCAUAACUACAAUCGUAUUAUUCUGACCAUCAUCAUUAGUGCUCGGAUUAUCAUCACUCUGUUUGGACAUACAACUUUUAUUACUCUAUGACUAAUGCUUUAUGAAUUAGCUUUAACAACAUUUGUUUAUUUAUUGAAGGUUUUAUUUAUUCAUUCUUUAAUUUGUUUAUUUAUUUUAUUUAUUUAUUUAUUUAUUUGUUGUUCGCUCAGCGACAUUAUUUUUCACUCUCGCUUUGUCUAUUUCUCUCUUUGUGUGUGUAUGUGUUGUGUCUGUCCUGAAAA